AUGUACUCCUAUGCCUGCCUGCAGCCCGGGGAGAGCAUCUGGCCUCGGCUGCAGUCCCUCACCUACACCUACCUGCCCGCUCCCCUGCUGCUGCCGCCCAUCCAGACCCACAACUUCUGCAGCCGGCCGGCCGGGCUGAGCGCGGCCCCGCGUGAAUUCCACUGCUUCUACGGUGCGACCCUGGCCUCCACGCCGCCCUGGUGGCUCUUCCCGCGGCCGGGUGCCGCGACCCUUGGCCCGUCAUUCCCCGCGGCCGGCGCGCCUGCACCAUCCCAGCCCGCGCCCGUCGCCGAGGGCUGGGGACAGUGGCCCGAGGGCGGCAGCCUGCAACUGCAGCUGCGCUGGGGACGCGUGGAGCGCACGCAGGGACCGCCCCUGCCGCUGCCAGACGCCGUGCGCCGCGAGCUGCGGCGCGUGUACGGCACCUACCCACGCACCGACGUGCGCGUCACCCGGCGCGGCAGCCAGUUCCUGCUGCAGGCCGCGCCGCGCGUGGGCGAGCCCGAGUACCAGGUGGCGAGGCGUGUAGUGCGCCGGCCGGCAGGCGGUGACGACGACGGGGACCGCGGGGACCGCGGGGACAGCCGGGCCGCUCCCGAGGCGGUGCAGCGUGGCCGCCCCAAGAAGAAGCAAGGUCUGCGCUGAGCGCUCCACCGCGCCUGCGCGCCUGCCGGCCCCGACUAUGGUUUCUAUUGAGUGAAACCCGCUCGACGGUGCGGGAAAGGAGAGAAGGUCUUGGGGUGAAAGCAGCACCUAGAUGCUUCUCCUCUCCGCCCUUAGCCGUCUGUGUGGGCCCCGCUUGCCCUCCUCUCGCCCUUGCACCACAAGACCCCACUGUGCGAGCCACAGCAGCCCCCAGCUUGGAAAGGGAAGUAAAUAAGUGGUAGAAGUCUAGUGUUCACUGCGAGGUAGUUUUUUGUUGGUUUGUUUUUUAAGACAGAGUUUCUUUGUGUAGUCUUGGCUGCCCUGGAACUCGCUCUGUAGACCAGGUUGGCCUCGAACUCACAGACACCCGCCUGCCUUACCGUCCGGCUCCUUUUAACUGUUCGGAAGUUGGCAUUUUGCCAGCCGCUCUGCGCGUCCGCUGACCCCGGGCUUCAGCAGCAUCUCCGCAGUGCACACUCGAUGAUCUUUUAGACUCAUCUGCCUGGACUCACUCUCCAGACCUAGGGUGGUUUUGAAGUGUGGGAGUAACUGGGAAAUGUCACUUGUGAGCUAGGUUUAGAGCUGG